AACACGCUCCCGCCGCCGGCGAGGCGGCCCCGCCCGAUGAACACGUCGCAGUUCAUGGACAAGCAGAUCCUCGGCCUCGCCGCCUCCGCCGCCCCCUCCCCGCCCCCCGCGGGCGGCGGCUCGGAGCUCCUCGAUCUGAUGGGCCCCGACCCCCAGGAGGAGAGCGAGGACGGCCUGCGCCGCCGCCACCACCGCAGCGCCAACGGCACCGCCACCGACGUUCUUCCCAGCUACGACUUCCAGCCCAUGCGCACCGCCGGGGCCGCCCCCGCCGCCGCGCCGCACUCGUGGGGUUCCCUCGACUCCAACUCCAAGGCCGCCUCGGUCUCCGCCCCCGCCUCGUCCCCAUACAACCUCAAGAGUGCUGGUAUAUUGGAAAACCGUGUGCCGAAGAAUGUUAAUCAUGAGGAAGACAGGAGUAACUUUGGACUGGUAACUAUAGCAGAUAUUGAUCGAACCAUGAAGAAGUAUUCUGAUAACCUGUUGUAUGCACUAGAAGGUGUAAGCUCAAGGCUUUCACAGCUGGAGGGUAGAACACACCAUCUUGAAAGUUCUGUUGAUGAGUUCAAGCUAACAAUUGGCAACUAUAAUGGUAGCACUGAUGGAAAACUGAGGCAACUUGAGAAUAUGUUGAGGGAGGUCCAAGCGGGUGUGCAGAUUAUGCGUGACAAGCAGGAAAUUGUUGAAACCCAGCUCCAUCUUGCAAAACUCCAGAUACCCAAAAAUGAGACCCAGUCAUCAGAAAAUAGUGGGGUUGGACAGGCAGACUCGCUGCACCAGUCAGUUGCUCCGCAGCAGGCAGGGGUUCCGCCGCAACAUCAACCCCAAACUUUUCCUGCCCUUCCUGCUCCUAACGCGCCGCCUCCACCUCCAACGCUUCAAAGUCAGCCUCCAGCACAGUUCCUAGGCCAUUCAUCGGCUCCCUCUGUACCAGCUUUACCACAGGAACCCUACUACACACCAUCUGCCCAGCCAACUGAAGCCAUUCAUCAGCAGUAUCAAGCACCUCCAGUUCCACAGCCACAGGCGCCUCCUGCACCACAACAACAGUAUCAAGCCCCUCCAGUUCCACAGCCACAGGCACCUCCAGCUCCACCACAGCAGUAUCAAGCCCCUCCAGUUCCACAGGCACAUGCACCUCCAGCUCCACCACAGCAGUAUCAAGCCCCUCCAGUUCCACAGGCGCAGGCGCCCCCAGCUCCACCACAACAGUAUCAAACCCCGUCUCAGUUUUCUCAAUAUUCACAACAACCUCAAUCUACAAAUGCUAACCCUUCAAGCCCACUUGCACAUCCUGCAUCCCAGCACACAGAGUAUACGCCUUCUCAUAGUUAUCCACCAAAUGUUCGCACUCCUUCAGCUUACAUGCCGCCGCAAAAUGAAUCAGCCCCACCUUUCUAUGGACAGAAUCCUAGCAUGUAUGAACCUCCUGCGGUCAGGCCUAACUCUGGCCCACCACCAUCCUAUGGUGCCCCUGGGUAUGGGCCACAGGGAGGAAGUAGCUUUUCUGAAACAUAUGGCUACACUGGAUCUCCUUCUUACCGUGGAAAUACUGGAAUGAAGCCUACGCCUUUUGCUCCCUCAGGACCAUCCUCUGGGGGUAGCGGCAAUAGCUACAGCACCAGGCUCCCUACGGCCUGGAUACUACCACAAGCAGAGCCAGUCAGUUCCAGCCCAACUGCUGCAUCGGGCAACAGGGUGGCCCUCGAUGAUGUGGUAGAGAAGGUUGCAACCAUGGGGUUCUCAAGAGAGCAGGUAAGGGCAACCGUGCGGAGGCUGACCGAGAAUGGGCAGAACGUCGACCUGAAUGUGGUGCUCGACAAGCUGAUGAAUGGGUGAUAAGUCAAGAUGCGGCGGCAUGCUACACUACCAUUUGUCACAGUUUGUGUAUAAUAUUUAAACUGAUACGUCUUGUGCGCAAAAGAUCAGUGUUGGACAGGGCAAGUAUCAGGUUUGCUGCCCGCUCUCUCGGUCGCUCUGCUUUCUUCCAUCCACAAGUGUUGUUAAUGGGUGAAUAUAUAACAUACUCUUGUUCUUUCCGUAUAUGUGAUGAUGAUAUACCGAAAACUCAAUUAUGGUUUCUUUUGUUCUGUCAAUAAAAAAACAUUAAGUGUGUUUUGUAAGCUA